AUGGACCACAGAGAGAUACGAAGGCUCAUGGAAAACGACGAGAAAACAACUCUAUUCGCUAGUGUGUGUUCUUGGUCUAUCAAAGAUAUUCUCAACACAGAUCUCUACAAGGAAAAGAUAGAGACAAUACCAGACAGAUUUAGUUCUGUUAAUGAAUACUUUCAGUGUUUUGUUCCUCAUCUACUCGAAGAAACGCGAACCGAGCUGUACUCUAGCUUCAAAUCUAUAUCGAAAGCUCCAUUCUUUCAAAUAGGUUCUAUUGUGACAAAUAAAAAUGAAAUAUUCCGAAGGAGUAAUCCAAGGACAUCCCGCUUAACUGAAAGCUCGAGAGAGACAUCGACUAAGUUGCUCCAUGAUAUAACAAUAGUGGAUGCAACGUACGAGCCUACGUGUGGAGAUAUAAGUGAAAAGUAUGAGCCAAAGUGUGGGGAUAUUAUUGCUCUGACUCUGACAAAGGAAAGGCCAAGUCGAAUCGAUGACUUGAGUCCUUUACUUGUAGCUUACGUUUCUUCUGUGUAUGGUGGUUUUAAAAUCUCUGUUCACUUGUCUAGAUCGAUAUCUCCUGCAGAGAAACGCUCAUUUCGUUUUGGUGUUUUUCUCAUGACUCUAACCACAAACACUCGAAUUUGGAAUGCUUUGCACAACGAAGACGCCAAUUCCACUCUAAUCCAGAGUGUGCUUCAGGAAAAUCCAUUGGCUUCAUCAGAAGAAUGUGUUUCUUGUGAGAAUGAUGUUUAUGGUUCUGAUUCUGACGGUGUUUUGGAUAUAAUCCGUACAACGAAGUUGAACUCUUCCCAAGAAGCAGCGAUUUUGGGAUGCAUUAAGACAAUGAACUGUAAGCACAAGAAGAGUGUGAAACUGAUAUGGAGACCUCCUGGUACAGGCAAAACAAAGACGGUCGCGACUCUUCUCUCUGUUCUUGUCAAACUAAAGUGCAAAACAGUUGUGUGUGCUCCAACAAACACAGCAAUUGUUCAAGUUGCAUCGAGGCUAUUGGAUUUAUCUAAGGAAACAGUAGUUGUGUGCGCUCCAAGAAACAGAGCUAUUGCUAAAGUUGCAUCUAGGUUCUUGUCCUUAUUUGAGGAAACUUCUACACUGCAACGUACCACUUACGGGAUGGGGAAUAUCGUUCUAUCUGGAAACCGCGACAGAAUGGGGAUUAAGAAGAGUAAAGAAGAUCAUAGGAACAAGAAAGAAGAGGAAAAGAAGAAGAAAGAAGAGGAAAAGAAGAAGAGAGAAGAUGAAAAGAAGAAGAAAGAAGCGAAAAAGAAAAAGGAAGAAGGGGAAAGUGUGAAGGAGGAAGCUGAGAAGAUGAAAGAAGAAGCGGAAAGUAAGAAGGAAGAAGAAGUUGUAAACAUUCCUACGUUUGGAGAGUUUGUGAAGAAGAAAUUUAAUGGCUUAAGUAAAGCAUUGGAGAUACAUAUGGUUGAUUUGUGUACUCAUCUGCCUAAGUCUUUCAUUUCAUCUGAAGAUGUGAAGAACAUGUUCGGAGCCCGCCAAGCACUUGAGCGUGUUAGAUGUUUCUUGCAGGAGAAUUCUUCUAGAGAUGAUUUCAAGAAAGGUGGUUUCAGAUACAACUGCUUCACCAGAUUCAUCAGUGUUGAUGCCCUUGAGGCUCUAUGCCUUCUUCCAAAUUGUUUUGGGAUCACAGGCUUUGCUCGCUACGAAGAUAUUAGGAAGUUCUGUCUACGAAACGCAGACAUAAUCUUCUGCACAGCCUCAGCUGCUGCGGAUAUGAAACCGGAAAGGACAGGAUCGAUCGAUCUUCUUGUGGUCGAUGAGGCGGCUCAGCUUAAAGAAUGUGAAUCCGUUGCUGCACUGCAGCUUCAUGGACUUCGUCACGCGCUUCUUAUAGGAGAUGAGUUUCAGUUACCUGCAAUGGUUCAUAACGAUGAAUGCGAGAAGGCGAAGUUCGGAAGAAGCUUGUUCGAGAGAUUGGUUCUGAUUGGUCACAACAAACACUUGCUUGAUGUUCAGUACCGAAUGCAUCCUUCGAUUAGUUGUUUCCCUAAUAAGGAGUUUUACGGCGGGAAGAUCACAGAUGCUGCGGUUGUACAAGAAAGGUCUUACGAAAAGCUGUUUCUUCAAGGGAACAUGUUUGGUCCUUUCUCGUUUAUCAAUGUCUGUCGUGGAAAAGAAGAGUUUGGUGAUGGACAUAGUCCCAAGAACAUGGUUGAAGUUGCUGUGGUUUCUCAAAUCAUAUCCAGUCUUUUUAAAGUUUCAUGUGAAAGAAGGAUGAAGAUGAGCGUUGGAGUCAUCUCACCUUACAAAGGACAAGUCAGAGCAAUCCAAGAGAGGAUCGGAGAUAAGUACAGUUCCUUAUCAAGUUGGCUUUUCACUUUGAAUGUUCAGUCCGUGGAUGGGUUUCAAGGAGGAGAAGAGGACGUUAUCAUCAUCUCUACGGUUAGAAGUAACGGUAAAGGAAAUAUCGGAUUUCUCAGUAACCGUCAAAGAGCCAACGUGGCACUGACUCGAGCAAGGCACUGUUUAUGGGUGAUUGGGAACGAGACAACUCUGGCUCUCAGCGGUUCGAUUUGGGCAAAACUGAUUAGUGAGUCGAGGACACGUGGUUGCUUCUUCGAUGCUAAAGAUGCUGAAGAAUCUAAGAGAUGCCAUCAGGUUGGCCUAUUAGAGGACAAUUGCACCGCCCUAGACCAGGUCAUUAAAAAUAUUGAGCCGGUCCUCGAUGCCAUAAACGAUGCUUUGCUCCAAGAUGUUUCUUCCAGAUUUGGAUCUCUAUCGAUCAUAGAUGGGAGAAGAAAUGUUUGGUAG